UCUUCGAUGGGUGCAAGUGAAUCGGUCCUUAGCGGCAUGCAUUGAGGAUGCAGUUCGCUGUUUAGCUGUUCCAGUCACCUGGAUUUUCCGUAACAGGGAGUUUUCAGGAGUUUCCUAGGAGAUGAUGUCCAUUUUUGCUGAUGAAUACUAAUAAUGAUUAUUUUACGAAGAUCCUGGGAAAGUACGUACUGGGAAAGUGUCGAGAAGACAACAUUAACAAAGAUUCAUCAUUAGCUUUCAAAGUAUCAUGGAGACCACAACAUAUAUUGAAGAGAUUUCAUUGUGGAGAUAAAGGAGAAAUUGAUAAUUUGAGUGCUGUGAUUCACGGCAUCAACGAUUUGAGAUUGGAAAAUCGACCCAUUCCUGUAACUAAACCCAAUCAGGUAUUGGUACAGAUGGAAUCUGUUGGUAUCUGUGGUUCUGACGUGCAAUUCUUAGUUAAAGGAAGAAUAGGACCUUUUAUCAUCAAAAAACCUAUGGUUAUAGGACAUGAAGGAUGUGGCACUGUGGUCAAAACUGGAAAACAAGUUGAAAAUCUCAAAAUUGGAGAUCGCGUUGCCAUAGAACCUGGAGUUCCAUGUAGAAAAUGUCAGAACUGUAGGGAAGGAAGAUAUCACCUUUGCCCACAAAUUUAUUUUUGUGCAACACCACCCGAUGAUGGCCUACUCCAAAGAUUCUAUGCGCAUGAUGCCGAUUUUUGUUUCAAAUUAGCAGAUAACAUGGAUUUCGAUGAAGGAGCGGCUGUUGAACCCUUAGCAUGUGCAUGUAGAGCAUGCAGGAGAGGAAAAGUAAAAAUUGGUUCUAACAUUAUGAUAUUGGGAUGCGGACCAGUGGGUUUGAUGACUCUAAUGGCAUCAAAAGCUAUGGGUGCUGAUGGAGUAGUUGUUCUGGAUAACAAAUUGCAUCGCUUGGAAAAAUCCAAAGAACUUGGAGCAGAUCACAUCAUAGAUAUAAGUGGAAUGGAGGAAAAUGAAAUUGUUGAAAAAGUUUUUCAGUUGCUGAAUUGUAAACCCUCCAUUAGUUUUGAAUGUUCAGGAGCAGAACUUUCCGUUCGCAUCGGAAUGAUGGCCACGAGAACGGGUGGCAAAUUCAUCAUCGUGGGAUGUGGUGCGGAUCAAAUGAGACUGCCUUUCAUGCCUGCAGCUCUGAGCGAAAUUGAUAUGCUCGGAGUUUUCCGAUACGUUAACGAAUAUCCCACAGCAAUUGGAUUAAUCAGCAGUAAGAAAGUAAAAGCCAAAACAAUAAUAACUCAUCACUUCAGUAUGGAAGAAAGUGCUUCAGCUUUUGACAUUGCAAGGACUGGAAAAUGCAACCCAAUAAAAAUAAUAAUACAUCCAAAUUCAAAAUGGAAAGCUUCUGUCUCUUCGAAUACCUGAUUCGGAAUUCUAAUCAUCCGUUUUUUCCUCUAAAUAUAGCAUUUCUUACGAAAAUUAAGUUUUUCAACUCGUUAAUAUAGGUAAUAAACACAUUCUGUGAGUUCAAUACUUCCAGACUGAUCCAUU